CGCCGGCGUACGAUUAUGCACCGAAUCCUGAUAAGCAGUGCGGAUACUUCAAGUUACGCAGAAGAUGCAACCCAUUCAUAAGCAGUUUACAGAUCUCUUAAUGACGAAAAGACUGCAAACUUUACAGAGCGUCGACGCUGCCGUAGACAGGAUUUAUCAAGAAUUAAAGGAUUUGGGUGAACUGGAUAAUACGUAUAUUAUUUAUACGUCCGAUCACGGAUAUCAUUUGGGACAGUUCGGGCUUAUAAAAGGCAAGAGCUUCCCGUUCGAGUUCGAUGUGAGGGUGCCAUUUCUCAUCAGAGGUCCUGGCGUCGAACCCGGAUCCAUGUAAGUCUCUCAAUUACAUAUUUAAUAUUUUCGGCGUUCUUUGUUAUUAAAAUUCAAAAUUACAUGCUUCAUCUAAUGGUUGGUUGGAUAACAAACUUUAGACAAAGUUAUGCAAGAGAAAAAGAUAAAAGGAAAAAUUAAAAAAUUUAUACAUGUACUAACUAAAAAA